AUGGAAGAUACAAAAAACUAUCAGGAGCUUUUCCUUGCUAUCGGACUUGAUCCCAAGGUUGUAGAUUCAAUCACAAAGAACAAGAAAGUCAGUCACAGACUCGCUGAAGUCGUCGAGGCUGCAGGAGUUACCACAGCAACUAAAAAUAUUGGAAAUCUCCUCUAUCAAGCAUCAACAAAGAUGCCAGAAUCAAUCACUCAUCAUACCAAGUACUUAGUCUCAUUUGUUAUUUCUGAGCAAAUAGUAAAGUCACAAUAAUUAGAAGAGGCAAUUAAAUACCUCUCUAAUGUUGUGAGACAAUAGGGAGCAGAGCAUGCCGUUGACGAAGCUGAAUUCAAAAGGGAAUCUGGUAUUGGAGUUGUCUACUCUGAUGAAGAUAUCGCUAACUUUGUAAACAAGCUUUAUGAUGAAAAUAUGGACUAAAUAAAGGAGCUUGGUCACGGCUUUGACUUCAUCAAGCUUAUUUAUAGAGCUAAAGACGAAAUGAAAUGGGCUGAUUAAAAGAAAGUACUUGAUUUACUUAAUAAGAAGAAGAUUGAGCUUGUUGGAGAACCAUCCAAAGAUGCUGAUGCUAAAAAGAAGAAGCCAAAGCCUGCAGCUCCAGCAAAAGAGGAGAAGAAAGAACAAGCUGCCUCAGAAUAAGCUGCAUCUACUGGCAAAAGUAUUCUUGAAUUAGUAGGAAGAGAUCUUAAAAGUACACAAAACUCAGAAGAGUUACUCAAGAAACAUAGAGAAGCAACUGGCGGUAGAAUUGUGACUAGAUUUCCCCCAGAACCAAAUGGAUAUCUUCACAUCGGCCAUGCCAAAGCUAUGAGAUUCAAUUUCACUGUCGCAGCUGAGAAUGGUGGCUACACCUAUCUCAGAUUUGAUGAUACCAACCCAGUCAAGGAAAAUUAAGAAUUCAUUGAUAACAUCAAGUACUGCGUUGAAUGGCUAGGAUAUACUCCACAUGACAUUACAUAUGCCAGCAACUACUUUGAAGAGCUCUAUCAAUUAGCUAGAGAACUUAUCAAGAGAGAUAAGGCUUAUGUUGAGCAUUGCUCUAAGGCUUAAAUCAAUGAAAUGAGACAAAAGAAGCAGGAUUCUCCAUACAGAAACAGAACUGUAGAGGAAAAUCUUAAGUUAUUCGAGCACAUGAGACAAGGUAGAUUCAUUGAAAACGAAUGCUGCCUUAGAAUGAAGAUUGACAUGACUCACGAAAAUCCAAACAUGAGAGACCCAGUUGCUUAUAGAAUUAGAUACGUUCCUCACCCACACGCAGGUAGUGAUUGGUGUAUCUACCCAACAUACGACUACACUCAUUGCAUCAAUGAUUCUCUCGAGAACAUUACUCACUCACUCUGUACAUUAGAAUUCGAGAACAGAAGAGAGUCUUACUACUGGCUACUAGAAGCCCUUGAUUUAUAUAGGCCAAUAGUCUGGGAAUAUAGCAGACUCAACCUAACUUAUACUGUUCUUUCCAAGAGAAAACUUGAAAAACUUGUUAAGGAUAAAGUUGUUGAUGGAUGGGAAGACCCAAGACUUCUCACAAUUCUCGGUCUAAAGAGAAGAGGUUAUACUCCAUCAAUGAUUAAUGAGUUCUGCAAUGAAAUUGGAGUUUCAAGAAACGGAAACGACAACUUCACCCAAGUCAGUCUUCUAGAGUACUUUGCAAGAGUCGAGUUAGACAGAGAAGCACCAAGAACAUUCGGUGUCCUGGACCCAGUACUCUUAGAAAUUGUAAACUAUGAUGAGAUCUAAUAAAAAGAUAUUGAAGCUCCACUAUUCCCAACUGACAAAAGUAGAGGUUCUCAAAUCUAUAAAUUAUCUAAGCAUGUCUAUAUCGACAGAGAUGAUUUCUCAGAAACUCACGUUAAAGGCUUCUUCGGUCUGACUCCAGAGCAAUUAGUUUGCCUGAAAUAUGGACCAAUCGUCAAACUAGUGGAAAUAGUUAGAAAUGCAAAUGGAGAGGUUCAACUUGUCAAGGUUUAGGCCAUCCAUGACCACAAAGAAAAACUUAAGGGAUACCUCCACUGGGUAUCUUAGGAGCACAGUAUGGAUGCUGUAGUUAAUCUUUACUCAUAUUUGUUCAUUAAGGAGAGAGUUGUAGAAGAUGAUUGGGAAAAAUACCUUAACCCAGAUUCACUUGUUGUUAAAAAUAAUGCUAAGGUUUGGAAGAACCUGGAAAACUCUUAAGUUCAUGACAGAUUCUAAUUCGAAAGACUGGCUUACUUUGUUAUUGACAAAGAGUCAAGAACUGAUAAGCACAAUGGAAAGUUAGUUUUCAACAGAGUUGUCGAGCUAAAAGAAUCAAAAGAGAAAAAAGUCAACUUGGGAAAGUGA